AUGGUUGUCGGCAACGUCUAUGUGAUUGCGGCUACCGCCGUCAUUGGCGGUAGUCUGUUUGGCUUCGAUAUCGCCUCGAUGUCUGCGCAGUUGGAGAUGCCUGCCUACAAGUGCUACUUCAACCAGGGCCCUCUGGGCCCUCCCUUCACCAACGACACCGAAUGCUCCGGUCCCAAAUCUCUUAACCAGGGUGGUAUCACCGCUUCCAUGCCCGCUGGUUCGUGGCUGGGCGCGCUGAUCUCAGGUCCUUUGUCUGAUCGCCUUGGUCGUAAGACCUCGAUUAUGAUCGGUUGUGUUAUUUGGUUGGUUGGCUCUACGAUCAUUUGCGCCUCGCAAAACGUGGGAAUGUUGAUCGUCGGUCGUAUCAUCAACGGUUUGGCCGUUGGUAUUGAAUCUGCUCAGGUUCCUGUCUACAUCUCCGAAAUCUCCCCUCCCUCCAAGCGUGGCCGUUUCGUCGGUGCCCAGCAGUGGGCCAUCACUUGGGGUAUCCUGAUCAUGUACUACAUCUCCUACGGCUGCUCCUUCAUUGGCGGCUCGCUCCCAACCGACUACAGCACUGCCGCCUGGCGUAUCCCCUGGGGCCUGCAGAUGCUGCCCGCCAUCGGUCUCGGUAUCGCCAUGAUCUUCCUGCCCGAGUCUCCUCGUUGGUUGGCCCGCAAGGACCGCUGGGAGGACUGCCACAACGUGCUCGCUGCUGUCCACGGCAAGGGCGACCCCAACCACCCCUUUGUGCACGUUGAACUGCAGGACAUCAAGGAGAUGUGCGAGUUUGAGCGCCAACACGCCGACGUCACCUACUUGGAUCUCUUCAAGCCAAACAUGCUCAACCGUACCGUCGUUGCUCUCUUCACCCAGAUCUGGUCUCAGCUGACCGGUAUGAACGUCAUGAUGUACUACAUCACCUACGUGUUCGGUAUGGCCGGUUAUUCCGGAAACGCCAACCUGUUGGCCUCUUCCAUUCAAUACAUCAUCAAUGUGCUCAUGACCCUGCCGGCCCUGAUCUGGAUUGACCGCUGGGGACGUCGUCCUACCAUGUUGAUUGGUUCGACUCUUAUGUGUAUCUUCAUGUUUGCCAACGCUGGUCUUAUGGGCGGCAACGGCACCGUCGUCCCCGGUGGUGUCAAGGGUGUUGCUGCCGAGUCGAUGAGCGUGACAGGCGCCCCCGCCAAGGGUCUCAUUGCCUGCACUUAUCUCUUCGUUGCCUCGUACGCACCCACCUGGGGCCCAGCCUCGUGGAUCUAUCCUCCCGAGCUGUUCCCUCUGCGUCUUCGUGGUAAGGGUGUCGCUCUGGCUACCUCUGGUAACUGGGCUUUCAACAUGGCUCUCGGCCUGUUCACCCCCGUUGCUUUCGAGAACAUCAUGUACAAGACCUACAUCAUGUUUGGUGUCUUCAACUUUGCCAUGACCAUCCACGUCUUCUUCGGCUUCCCCGAGACUGCCGGUAAGACUCUUGAGGAGACCGAGUCCAUGUUCGAGGACCCCAACGGCAUCAAGUACAUUGGUACCGCGCCCUGGAAGACCCACGUUGCCUUUAGGCGCAUUGCCGAGAUUGAGGCUGGCCACGUUGACCCCAAGGCUGCCAUUACCGGUGACCACGUCGAAGAAACCGCCACUGAGGCCAACAUUGAAAAGAGCGCCGUGUAA